AUCGAGUUUCAUGGAGGCAGGUAAUGAGCUAUUCCAACCCGACCUCAUUAUUGGGCCCAUCGAGGCUGGGACGGUCGUCAGCUCUGUCCUCUUUGGGUGCGCUAUGAUACAGACGUAUAUGUAUUUCACAACGUUUGAGGAGGACAGUCGAGGAUUCAAGGGCUUGGUGCUGCUCAUCAUGGGCUUGCUGUUCGUGCACCUCGUCUGUGUCAUCGACACGCUUUGGCAGAUGACCAUCCUGACCUACGGCUUCCCGCAAGCUCUGGGCGCCUUCUCGCAUGUCGCGGACGCCGUCAUCAUCCUCGGCUCCGUCAUCACAUUGUGUGUGCAGGCCUUCUAUAUCUACCGCCUCGUCCGCCUCUCUAGCUCUUGGAUUCUCCCCGCCAUAUGCACCCUCGUGUGUGUGGUCUCCUGCGUCUUAGGCCUCGUUCUAGGCAUCACAGCCCUGCGAAUGACGAGUAUGGCCAGCUACGAGGUAUACGAGAAGUGGGCGAUAACGGCCUGCCUCGUCGUAGCCGCCCUGGCGGACGUUGCGAUCACCGGGAGCCUCGUGUAUCAUAUGGGGAGCAAGUUUGCGGAGAGCAGUGCUAGGACAGAUAGAAUCAUUGAGAAAUCAAUUUUGUGGGCGAUAGAAACCGGGUUCAUCACGAGCUUCUGCGCUUUGCUUGUUUUGAUCUUCUUCUUCACGAUGAAGCAGAAUUACAUCUGGGUCGGAACGUAUGGGUUCGUUGCCCCAAUAUACGCGAACUGCUUCCUCGCUGUGCUCAAUGGUCGUGCUCGUCUGCGCCAUCGAGAUGGCUGUGCAUGUAAAUGCUAUCCUAGCGUGAAAAACGUCACCGUCGACGGUGAACCGUAUGCUGAGACGACGCUUGUCGUAGACAGUCAAAUGUCGCAAACAUGCGCUGCGGACACGCGACUCCAGUCACCGCCUGCAUACGCAUCUGAGCGUGCGUGACAAAUGGGUGUGAAAAGCCGUUCAAACAACUACACCUCUCGACCUGCAAAGCUAGCUCGAGCUGCAUCACAACAUGUUCAACCGGUCGCCUAGCGUCCGUACUCCCACACCCGUAUCGCGGAGAUGCGGAGACAGGCGUAUGUUCGUCCGCUGUUAUUGUGUUGUGCAUCUGCCAGGGCGGUUUUUCUGGUUCAAGUCGGCGUCAGGGCAUUAGAUCAGGGAACAGUGACAUAUGACGCAUGUACGGCUGACCAUGAUUCUGAUCACCAGCCGACCGUAACU